UUGCGGCCGGCGGUGUGGCCGGCAGGUCGUAUGUCGCAAUUAAUUUCUCGCAUUGUCGCUGCAAGGGCCCACCCGUCGUUGCGUCGUUAUUUAAGACCGCGUCCGCAACCAGCCGACCACCACCUUUGUCUCGGGUCGCAGCGCUGAUUCAAUUCAUCAUGUUGGUCCGUCAGCUCGCCGUGGCUCUGGCCGUUGCAGCCUUGUCCAAUGCCAUCCCGACUUCUGUCAAGCAUGUUUUGCACGAGAAGCGUGACCAGCCCCCAUCCGACUGGGUGAAGGGCGCUCGCGUGGACAGCGAUGCCGUCUUGCCUAUGCGCAUUGGUCUAGCCCAGAACAAUCUGGACAAGGGAUAUGACUUUUUGAUGGAAGUUUCGCAUCCCACCUCUCCCAAGUACGGCAAGUACUGGUCGGCUGAUGAGGUGCACGACAUGUUCGCGCCCUCCGACGAAGCUGUCGAGGCGGUGCGCGAAUGGCUCGUCGCCUCUGGCAUCCACCCAUCGCGGGUGGUGCACUCCGACAACAAGGGCUGGCUCGCGUUCGAUGCUUACGCCCAUGAAGCUGAGAGGCUUCUGCUGACGGAGUUCCACGAGCACGAGAGUGAUGCUAGUGCUAGCAUCAAGGUUGGAUGCGAUGAAUACCAUGUCCCUCAGCACAUCCAGAAGCACAUCGACUACAUCACCCCAGGAGUGAAGCUCACUCAGGUCGUCAAGAAGAGGAACAAGGUCAAGCGUGCAUCCCAGUUGGCACACUCUUCCAAGGCCAAGUCCGCCUAUUCGGGCCCCCAGCCCCUGCCGAGCAAGGCCAAAUUUCUGCCAGAUGACCUCAAGGCCUGUGGCUACAACAUCACACCCUCGUGCAUUAAGGCUCUGUACCAGAUCCCUGACUCUACUACGGCGACCCCGGGCAACAGCCUCGGUCUCUACGAGCAGGGCGACUACUUUGCCAAGUCUGAUCUUGACCUUUUUUACAAGGAGUAUGCUCCGUGGGUUCCUCAGGGUACCUACCCCAUUCCGGCCCUGAUUGACGGCGCCAACUUUUCGGUUCCCUCCUGGAGCUCUCUAAACACCGGUGAAUCGGACAUUGACAUUGACAUGGCGUUCUCCCUGCUGUACCCCCAAACGGUCACCCUUUACCAGGUUGACGACCAGAUCUAUGAACCCGAGGAGGUCGCCACCACCAACUUGUUCAACACCUUCCUUGAUGCUCUGGAUGGGUCCUACUGCACUUACAGCGCCUAUGGCGAAACCGGUGACGACCCGGAGAUUGACCCUGUCUACCCCGACACCCAGGCGGGCGGCUACAAAGGAAAACUCCAAUGUGGUGUCUACAAGCCCACUAACGUCAUCAGUGCUUCCUAUGGCCAGUCCGAGGCUGAUCUUCCCAUUGGCUACACCAAGCGCCAGUGCAACGAGUUCAUGAAGCUCGGUCUGCAGGGACACUCUAUUCUGUUCGCCUCUGGCGACUACGGUGUGGCUUCUUUCGCCGGCGACGGUGACGAGAACGGCUGCCUCGGCCCUGAGGGCAAGAUCUUCAACCCCCAGUACCCUUCAAACUGCCCUUACGUCACCUCCGUCGGAGGCAGCAUGCUCUACGGCUACCAGACCGUGAACGACAGCGAGAGCGUCAUGCACGUGAACCUCGGCGGAACCGCAACUAACUUCAGUACCUCUGGUGGCUUCUCGAACUACUUCCCUCAGCCGGCCUACCAGGUGGCUGCGGUGGCGGAGUACUUCGAGACCGCCAACUUGUCGUACCCCUACUACUCCGAGUUCCAGGUGGACGUGAACACCACCAAGGGUCUCUACAACCGUCUCGGCCGUGCCUACCCUGACGUGUCGGCCAACGGCGCCAACUUCCGCGCAUACAUGGACAGCUAUGACUACCACUGGUAUGGAUCCAGUUUGGCUUCGCCGCUGUUUGCGUCGGUCCUCACUCUGCUCAACGAGGAGCGUUUUGCGAUCGGCAAGGGCCCUGUCGGUUUCGUCAAUCCUGCCCUCUACGCUUAUCCCCAGGUUCUUAACGACAUCACCAACGGUACUAAUGCCGGAUGCGGAACCUACGGUUUCAGCGCUGUCGAUGGAUGGGACCCCGCCAGUGGCUUGGGUACUCCUAACUAUCCCUUGAUGAAGGAGUUGUUCCUGUCUCUGCCUUAGUUGAUGAUUGAUUGAUGUGAUGGAUGUGACGUAUGUGAGACGUAUGUAACCAUGAUGUGGAUUAGUUUAUGAUGAUAGGAAUAAUGUGUAGAUGCAAAUAUGAAAUCACAUUCAUCUUUUCGG